AUGCUAACCACAAAUGAGAUGUUACCACUUGAUCGGUUGCGCAAGCUGGAAAAAAGGCGUUUUCUCAAAGAGCGAAAGGGCCAGGUACCUGUUAUGGACGCCGAGACGCUACGUGAGUUGUGUGUGUCCAAUGAUGGAUAUGAAACACCGGAGCUCAACGAAAGUUUAUAUGCGCACUUCCGCGGGUUUCAGCGCAUCGAAGGUCUAGAACGCUAUUGUAGCUUGAAGGCCCUUUGGCUCGAAUCAAAUGGACUGUCAAAAAUUGAGAACUUGGAGAACCUUACCAUGCUGCGAUGCCUCUACCUUGGCAAAAAUCUAAUCGAAAGGAUUGAGAAUCUUAACACAUUGCGAGAUCUGAAUACGCUAGAUCUGAGCGAAAAUCGCAUUCAGUCACUAAAGGGAGUUGCAAAUCUUCCAAAUCUAUUGUCACUUAAUGCAUCACGCAAUUGCAUCACCUCAAAAGCAGAUUUGCAGGAGCUCGCUCAGUGUCCACUGCUCAACAACAUCGAUAUCAGCCACAACUUAAUCGCUGACCCAGAGGUUUUAAGCGUGUUCAAAUUAAUGCCAAAUCUCAAGGCGCUGAGAAUUACAGGCAACCAAGUAAUUUCCAACACGCGCUCGUUCCGAAAGACAUAUAUUGCAGCCCUGCCUGAGCUGUCAUUUCUGGACCGUCCCAUUUUUCCUAUUGAACGUAUAUCUGUUACAGCGUGGCAGACUGGCGGAGUUGAAGCGGAACGCGAGGCCAAAAGUUUAUUUGUACAGCAAAGAAAUGAAGAACGACGGAGCACUUUAAAAGAAUUUCGAGACUGGCAGACACAAGUGAGAGAGCGAUAUGGCACAGGGUUGGAUCUGGAGCGCGAGCAGAAAGUGCUUCAAGCCACACCAAGGUCUAUGAAUCUGGGGGUCACUCGAUCUAUGGCCGAGAAGAAUGCAGAGGAAUGUGCCGAGUCGGACGCCCGCAUGAAGGAGAGUCGCACAGACUGCGGGCAAACAAUUCGCAAAGCGCUGGACAAGGCAAAAGAAUCUUUAUAUUGGUCAGCCUCAGCCUUACCACAAUUGAAUCAAACUCAUGCUAUUUCUUUAGAUUCGCAAAUCUUCGAGAAUGAAAAGAGCGGUGAACUUCGCUCAAAGCGUGAAAACAAGGUAUUGAAGGCUUCUGAGGCCACGUCGAAGGGAGCAAGACUUCUCGCCCUUGGUAUGAAAAGCCCGAUUACAGCUGUAGAGGUCGAAGAGAAAGUUACUGGAACCCCUUUUCCGAUUGAUCAGGUGGCGCAGAGCAUUUUAUUGAGCGGCGAUGAAAUGCAAGCUGCCCGAGCUACUAAUACCGUCGCAGAGAUGACGAGAGUACGCGAAAGCAAGAUCGAGAAUUCAGUGUUACGCACGACAACCGAUACCGCAAAGCAGAAUUUAAGUGGACGUAGCGAAGGUAGCGAACGACAUGACACCUGCGCCAUGUCUUUGUUCACCGAGGAGCCGUCAAUACAGCCGGACCUUCCACCUCCACCGCCAAAAGCAUUGUUUCGUUCGAUUCAGCGCGGCUUAGCCGAUGUCGAGCCGCGUGAGACCUGGGCCCAGCUGCAGCAGCGUGCCAGCACCACGCCCUGCCAACUGCGUCCACAUUCGCUGCCGUCAGCUUUUGGGGAGCAUGACUGCGAGCAAAUCGUUCAAACACAAAUAGAAAGUGACAACGACAACGCUAUUCCCGUCCGCGCCCUUAGUCGCGCUGAAAUUCUACUUGACUUAGGGAAGACGCAGCAGCAAGACGAACAUAGUCGGCUACAACAAGGUGUUGAGCUGUAUACUAAUUUGUGUGAGCUGGAUUGA